UUUUAUUAAUGUGAAAUAUUCGAACAUGUCGUAGUCUUUGUAAUAACUCCGGUGAUAUAAUUAAGCCAAUUAAAGACCAUGUCAGAAGAAACAAUUCCUCUAUUUUCCAUCGAUGAAGAAAGCAUAUUUAGUGAGGAAAAUCCUUCACAGUCAACAAAUAUAUGUUUGCAACUAAAUGAAAGGUACAAUGAAAAGGAGCAGAGGAGCGAUGAAACAUUUACAAAAUAUACAGAUGAUUGUGAGGAAACGAAGGUACGAGAACUUUACCAAAUACAAGAGAAAAAACCUUUGCCUUCAACAAAUACAAAAAUGCAAUUACAUGAACGCAACAAUGAAGAAUAUGUGCAGGAAAACGACAAAACUUCAGAGGAAAUCGAAGAAAUUACUGUUUUAAAACAUUGUGAAAUACUACAUCCAGUUUCAGAAUGUCUAAUACCCCUCCCACCUGGGAAAAAGUACCAUUUAUUUGUAUCUUAUAGUUCAGAAGAUAGAGAACAAGCCUAUAUAAUACGCGAACAGAUGGAAAGCAGAUUUCAUCUUAAAUGUAUGGAUUACGAAAGAGAUUUCAUUCCAGGGAAAAAUAUAGAUGAAAAUAUUACCGAUGAAAUGGCUCAUAGCGUUAAAGUUCUAUUGAUUUUGAGCCCAUACUAUAUUCAGAGUCAUUGGUGUGUGACGGAGGCACGCGAAGCAUGCAAGCUUUCAUUCACGGAUAUCGAUAAUUUGAAUGUGAUUCCACUCGUUUUAAAACCCUUGCAUAAAGAAUUGCCAUCUUUCUUAAAGUCAUUUGUAUAUAUCGAUGCCCAAAAGGAAUUAGAUGUUCCGGCAAAGAUUUUUGAAGCAUUUAAUCAUCCUGGGUCUCUGGAUCCAUUACAUCAAGAUAAACCAGCCAUAACAAACAACGGUGUUAUUUUAUGCCGAAAGAUUGCCAGUAGAGCAAAAUAUGUCCAAUACGGUCUAUCAUUUAGAUUCCCACCUAUCGAAAAAUUUGAAGAAGAAAAGAUCCGUUCUUUUGGUGUGGAUCCAAUAGAGCUUGACAACCACUACAGUGCUCUUAUAAAGGACCUUAACUACCGAUAUCUUUUUCGGAAUUAUCCAGCCCUGUCAUCUCUUAAAUGGCGGUGUUGUAUACUAUCUAUCCUAUUUUUCGUUGUCCUCUUCAUCUUUUUUGCUUUUUUCUGCUUGAGCAGGAUUCCUGGAAGCAUAUACUAUAAUGAGCCUUUUCAAAUGAGUGUUUUAACCGUUGGUCUGCCUUUAUUAGGCUUUAUUUUUCCUUGUGGAUUAUCCAUUAUAUAUGCAUGCCGGAGAACACUGUCUUCAAAUAUCCACUUAACGGUAUGCCAGUACAACCUCCAGUUCCACAGAAUCAGUAAAUGCCUUGUUUAUUUUGACAACAGUAAAACUCUUCUUACCAAACCUACACUUUACAUAUUUAGGUAUGAUGUUACUGAGUGCGAGAAAUAUCUGUCAUCUUUGCUAAAAGAAAUAAGACCAACAGUGGACUCUAAUACCAACGAGAUAACAGCCAAACACUUAGUUACGCAGAAAUUACAAGAACUUCAGAAAACAAAUGGCUUGAUAAAUUGGACAUGUUUACCAGAGAGUGUAUCAAAUCGUCACCGAACUAGAAACUAUAGAGCCUGUUUAUGUGAGAUGAUGGAGGACUAUGUUUACAUGACAUAUAAAGACAACAAUAUCAUUGAUGUUUAAACUUAUGAACUAUGAACAAUUUUUUUUUUGCA